AUGCAGCGACCCACAAACCCCUCACUGGCCUGCGUGGGCGGCGACGCUGCGCAGCCCACCGAGAGCAGCCCACGGCGGGGUCCCUCUCUGUGCUCUCUGCGUGGGGGCUCCCCGGGGACUGCAGGGAAGCACACACGGCCCCACAGCCACACCUGGUACUACAUCCCUGGCCUGGACCGACGCAAUCCGGGCCUCCAGCUCCUGUCUCCUUGCGGCUUCGCGCCUGGAUCCGCCUGCUCCGUGCUGAAGAAGCGGCUGGCAGAAGCUUCCUCCUCCGUUUCGCCCCCGGCGCACCCACAAUCAGCCCAGCUGGCAGGACAGUCCCACCUGGGGGACUUUGGGGACCGCAAAGGUGAACAGGAGGAGUUCCACUUGCAGUUGGUGCCGGGUGAACGAGGGGCCCGGGGGUCGGCCUGGCUGUCCCCUGACUCGGUGAGAGCAGAGACAAGACAGCUCUCAGGCGGGCCGCGGCCUGGGCCGGUCCGGGAGGGCGGCUCGGGCCGCGCUGGCCGCAGUCGGAAGACGCUGGCUGCCCGGAGGGCCGGAGUGGAUUUCAGGAACAGCUGGUUCCAGAAGCUCCGCGAGCGGGUGCUGGAGUCCGAGGGCUUGGUAUCCUUUGAGGAUGUGGCCGUGGACUUCACCUGGGAGGAGUGGCGGGACCUGGACAAUGCUCAGAGGACCCUGUACAGAGACGUGAUGCUGGAGACCUACAGCAACCUGGUGUCGCUGGGGCAUUGCAAUACCAAACCCGAGGUGAUCUUCGAGUUGGAGCAAGGAGCAGAGCCAUGGAUGCUAGAAGGACCCCCAAACCAGAGCCUCUCAGGUCAGUUAGCAAGUACUGGGCAGAGAUGCCAGGAGGAGUAA